GCAUGCCACGUAUCUAUUUUAUUCCUGUCGCUCACAUUGUCAGCGCCGCAAAUAAGAAGACAUAAGUGCUUCACUGGCUUGAAAUGAUUGAUGGUCUGUUUUCAGUCAAAUCUGUUCACCUGUUCAGGUAGAGACGUCUACAGGAAGGUCCAGGGACGAGAACACCCCGCCCCCUCCGCCGUCAUCAGCAUCACAGAGGACGGCGCUGAGGAGGUCCUGACAAAGAAGGAGGAGGAGGAGAGGCGGAUCGCCGAGAUGGGCAGACCGACGCUGGGCGAGCACGUCAAACUGGAGGUCAUCAUCGAGGAGUCGUACGAGUUCAAGAGCACCGUGGACAAACUCCUGAAGAAGACCAACCUGGCCCUGGUGAUCGGGACCAACAGCUGGAGGGAGCAGUUUGUGGAGGCCAUCACAGUCAGCUCCGGUGAUGAUGAUGAUGAUGAAUGUGGCGAGGAGAAGAUGCCUUCCUGUUUCGACUACGUCAUGCACUUCCUCACCAUCUUCUGGAAGCUCCUGUUCGCCUUCGUUCCUCCCACCGACUACUUGAACGGCUGGGCCUGCUUCGUCGUCUCCAUCUCCGUCAUCGGCCUGCUGACCGCCGUCAUCGGUGACCUGGCGUCACAUUUUGGCUGCACCGUCGGCCUCAAGGACUCCGUUACUGCUGUGGUGUUUGUCGCUUUGGGCACAUCUGUCCCAGACACGUUUGCCAGUAAGGUGGCCGCCAUCCAGGACCAAUACGCCGACGCCUCCAUUGGCAAUGUGACAGGAAGUAACGCUGUCAACGUCUUCCUGGGUAUUGGCGUGGCCUGGUCCAUCGCCGCCAUCUACCACUACUCACAGGGCCAGAAGUUCAGGGUGGACCCCGGCACGCUCGCCUUCUCCGUCACGCUCUUCACCAUCUUCGCCUUCAUCUGCAUCGGCGUCCUGAUCUACCGCCGCCGCCCCGAGAUUGGCGGGGAGCUCGGCGGACCCAGAAUCCCCAAGAUCCUGACCUCCUGCCUGUUCUUCAGCCUGUGGCUGAUGUACAUUGUGUUCUCCUCGUUGGAGGCCUACUGCCACGUGGAGGGCUUCUAAACGUUCUUCUCCCGGCGGGUUCAGAAAGGUUCUCACUCUUCUGAUGGAUUUCUAAAGGUCCCGAUAGGUUCCUGCAUAUUCUGACGGGCUCCCUGUUUUUCUGAGGUUUGGUCGAAGUCUAAAGGUUCUAACAGGUUCCUGACAGUCUACGACCCAAAGGUUCUCCGGGACAUAUUACAGUGCUGAUAUGUUUCUGAAAUUUUGGAUCAACUAAUAGUUCUCCUGUUUUUUUGUUUUUUGCUGAUCUGACAGGUCUCUAAAUGCAGAUCAAUAAACAUUCUGCUGGACUCUG